AAGUGCUGGAGUUAACAUGGCUUCGAAAGGAGAGACCGAGAGUUUGAGCGAGGAGGUGAUUUGUCCGGUCUGUCUGGAUUUCUUCACCGAUCCGGUUAUUCUGGAGUGUGGACACAACUUCUGUCGGUCUUGUAUCACACAGUGUUGGGAAAGGGAGGAGAGAAACUCCUGCCCGGAAUGUAGAGAGGAGUUUGCUGACCGCACCCUCAGGGUGAAUCGGGCCUUAGCAAAUCUGACACAAAAAGUUCGGAAUCUAAGCCUGAAUCCGAAAGGGAAGGAAAGUAAACGUCACUGCGAGGAACAUGAGGAAGAAUUGAAGCUGUUUUGUGAAACGGACAAGACACUGAUCUGUGUGAUCUGCAGAGACGCGCAGGAACACAGAGAGCACCGCUUCAUGCCGAUUAAAGAAGCUGUUAAAAUCUACAAGGAUCAGCUAAAAUCUUCCCUAGACUCUCUCACAAAAAAGGAAUCAGACUUCCAGGAAAAGGAGCAGCAACAGAAAGAGAAGAUUUCCGGAGUUCGGGAACAGUCACACAGCCUUCAGUCCCACGUCACAUCCCAGUUUGCUGAACUGCGCCAGAUUAUCACUGAGAAAGAGCAGAGCUUACUCAGGGAUCUCAGGGAAGAAGAGAAGAGGAUUCUCAACCCAAUGGAGAAAAAUCUUCUAGCACUUCAACAGAAUAUAAGGAGUAUUCAGGAGGAAAUCACUAAGUUAAAGGAACAGAUGGAUCAGAAAGAUGGUGUGAUAUUUCUCAAGGAGGAAGCUCGUCGGAACAGAAGGAUUAAUGACGAUGUCCAGGAAUUGUCAGUGACAGAUGAGACCCUACCGGUUGAAAAAUUCGAUCACCUCUAUUUGUUGAACACAGUGCUGAGAGAAACGCUUGGUGCUGUUAAUCGAGUUUCGAAGAAUGAGAGGAGAUCUCAUGGAAACACAAAAUUCUUUCAGGGGUCAACAGGCAGGAGUGAGCGAGGAUGUUUCCCCUGUUCAGCGGAAAACCCUUGUGGAGACAUCUGCUUUUGUCGAAUCAAAGUCUCUGUCACCCUGGAUGUGGAAACGGCGAAUCUGUGUCUCGAGGUGUCUGGGGAUCGGAAGAGUGUGAGACGGACCGGGACCUGGAGGAAUCUCCCUGACACCGGGAAGAGAUUCACAGUCUGGGCUUGUGUGCUGGGAUCGGAGGGAUUCACAUCGGGGAGACAUUACUGGGAGGUGGAGGUGACGGGGAAUCGGUUCUGGUGUCUGGGAGUCGCCGCAGAGUCUGUGAAGAGGAAGGGACGUGUCAGUCUGAGUCCGGAGACCGGAUUCUGGGUCAUCAGGCGGGUUGGUGACGUGUUAUAUCGGGAUUGUGACGUGUUACAUCGGGAUUGUGACGUGUCCGGUCGCCCCUCCUCCGAGUCCCGUCUCGCUGCCGGUCCCAUCCCCGGGAGGGUGGGAGUUUAUCUCAGUUACGAGUCCGGGACAGUUUCAUUUUACAACGCGGAGACCAAGUCCCAUCUCCACACCUUCACUGGGAAUAAAUUCACGGGGAAACUUUAUCCUUUCUUCCGGACUGGGAAUGUAAACCAGUGGCUGAGAAUCUGCUCCGGUUCCGCUCCGGGUCUGUAAACGGGUCGGGUCCCGGGACCGGCGUCAGGAGUAAAGUCCCUGCAAAUAUAAAUGUGCGCAGAGUGCAGCUAAAUACCUGGCUAAGGGGAUGGUGCAGGAGGGAGGGCUUCAUGCUUCUGGACAAUUGGGCUUUGUUCCCGGGAAGGUGGGGCCUGUUCCGACGGGACGGUUUGCCCCUAAACUGGGCGGGGGAGGGGGAAUAACAUUCUUGCGGGUAGAUUUGCCAGUGCUGCUCCGGGGAAUUUAAUCUAGAUUUGCAGAGGGAGGGGAACCAGAGUGUUAGAGCAGAUAGUGAGGUGCAGGAGGAUAAGGAACAUGAGAGGACUGCAUGUAUAAACGGAAAUGAAAAAAAAAGCGGAUGAUAUACAUAUUCUCAGGUACAUCUAUUUCAAUGCACGGAGUAUUGUCGGUAAAACAGAUGAGUUUAGGGCUUGUGUUGACACGUGGGAUAACGACAUUACUGCUAUUAGUGAGAAGGGCCAAUUUUGUGGAAAUGAAAAAGGAUCCAGGAAGAGUGGAUUGGGAUAAGUUUUUUUUCUGGCCAGGAUGUGUUCAGUAAGUUCACAGGCAUAAGAAAUUAAAUAGAGAUUGGGUUGGAAAUGUUAUAGCAACUUCAUUUAAUUCAAAAUCGAGAGGAGUUGCAAUUUCGGUUAAUAAAUCUUUACCAAUUAAAAUACAAAAUGUAAUAAUUGAUUCUGUGGAGAGAUAUGUGAUUAUACAUUGUCAAAUUUUUUCAGAAUUAUGGACUUUUAUGAACAUUUAUGCACCAAAUGAAAAUGAUGCAAAAUUCAUACAAGAAGAUUUUUUGAACUUGGCUGACGCAAAUUAUAAAAUAUUAAUAAGCAGAGAUUUUAAUUUUUGUUUAGAUCCAGUUUUGGAUAGGUCAACUAAAGUUGUUACAAAAUUAAAAGUAAUAAAACUAACUUUAUCAUUAAUGGAAGAUUUAAACCUGAUUGAUAUAUGGAGAAAAAUUAAUCCAAGAGAAAGAGAUUAUUCAUUUUAUUCAAAUAGACAUAAAACUUAGAUGGAGAUUUAAAACAAUUUUAUUAAAACGUCAAGAUUUUUGUGAUUUUAUGAAAAAACAGAUUCAAUUUUUUUUGGAUACAAAUUUACAUUCAAUUGAGGAUAAAAUUGUAUUAUAGGAAGCGAUGAAAGCAUAUUUUAAGGGGUCAGAUUGUAAGUUAUACAUCUAAAAUUAAGAAGGAAAAUUGGGAAAAGAUAUCAUAAAGUUAGAAAAAGAAUCUCAAUGAUAUAUGACAGAAGAAAAAUAAAGACAACUUGUUAAUAAAAAACUACAAUAUAAUGCACUCCAGACAUAUCGUACAGAAAAAGUAAUUAUGAGAACUAAACAGAAAUAUUAUGAAUUAGUUGAAAGAUCACAUAAAAUUCUUGCUUGGCAGUUGAAAACAGAACAGGCUUUUAAAACAAUAAAUGCAAUUAGAACAAGUGUAAAUAAGGUUGCUGAUAAACCUUUAGAAAUUAAUGAAACUUUAUUUUUUUUAUACUGAACUAUAUCAAUCAGAAUCACAAAAUAAGAUUACUGAGAUAGAUAA